GUCAGCUUUAAGAAGGAAAACGUGUUGCACAUUGAAAUCGUCUGCAUACGCUCUAAUUAGUAGGCAUCCCUUUUCCGUGUUUCAGCAUUUUGAUUGCUCAAACUAAACAAGUGAAAAAAAUGUGGACGAUCCCGAAACCUAGGUACAGAACCAGUUCGUGUGGUGAGCCUGAGAUCACCGUGAACAUCGGCGGGGUACGAGUGGUGCUUUUCAGGGAUGUUUUGAAUCGUUACCCGGAGAGCAGACUGGCUGAGUUGGUUAACUGCUCGUCGGCGCAGAAUCCUGAACUUUUUUCCUCUCUCUGUGACGACUUUGACCCUGGGCGAAGGGAGUUUUAUUUCGACCGGGAUCCAGAUGCGUUCAAGUGCAUUAUUGAUGUUUAUUACUUCGACGAAAUUCACAUUAAACACGGCAUUUGCCCCAUUUGUUUCAUCAAGGAGAUGGAGUUUUGGAAAAUAGACCAAAGUGCUUUGGACGAGUGCUGCAAAAGUUACUUGAGCGAGAAGGAGGGGGAGCUGAAAGAAAUUGCGAGUAAAGUGAAGGUGAUUUUGGAAGACAUGGAGGUGGACCAGAGUGCAACGGGAACGCAGAGGUGCCAACGGUUCUUGUGGAGGCUCAUGGAGAAGCCCGGUUCCUCUUUCCCUGCGCGCGUCGUCGCCAUCGCGUCCUUCCUCUCCGUCCUGGUCUCAGCGGUGGUGAUGUGCGUGGGAACCAUCCCAGAAUUGCAGGUAACAGACGCCGAGGGAGAGCUGGUGGAGCACCCGACUUUGGAGGCUAUUGAAAUGGGGUGCAUGCUGUGGUUCACCGCGGAGUACCUGCUGCGCCUCGCGUCCUCGCCCAAUAAGUUACACUUCGCGCUCUCCUUCAUGAACAUUGUGGACUUUAUGGCUAUUAUGCCUUUCUACGUGGUCCUCAGUUUGACGUACCUCGGUACCAGCUCCAUGAUGGAAUUGGGCAACGUUCAGCAGGCUGUGCAGGCGCUGCGCAUUAUGCGCAUCGCGCGCGUCUUCAAGUUGGCGCGCCACUCGUCGGGACUGCAGACGCUCACGUACGCGCUCAAGAAGAGCCUCAAAGAGCUGGGGCUGCUGCUCAUGUAUAUGGGCGUGGGUAUAUUCGUGUUCUCCGCUCUGGGCUACACCAUGGAGCAAAGUCACCCCGAGACUCUAUUCCGGAGCAUUCCACAGUCCUUCUGGUGGGCCAUCAUCACCAUGACGACGGUGGGAUAUGGAGACAUCUACCCCAAAACCACACUUGGCAAGUGUAAUGCGGCCGUGAGUUUCCUAUGUGGGGUCAUAGCCAUCGCCCUGCCCAUACACCCCAUCAUUAAUAACUUUGUGGUGUUCUACAACAAACAGCAAGUGCUGGAGACUGCAGCCAAGCAUGAAGUGGAGCUGAUGGAGCUCAAGUCUGCUGGGGAUGAACGCAGAAAAAACAGCGACAAAGAUGACACUUAUCGUGAAUAACAUUUCAGACUUCAGUGUAAAAA